AUUGUUCCGUUUCAGUGAGCACCUUUUCAAGCUAGCCUAUUAGGGCCCCAAUGAUUUUAGCUGCCAGUCCAUAACGGAAUCUAUUUCAACAUUCCUUUCUAAACAAAUCAUGUGUCAUACAGCACACUUACUGUACAGAAAAUGAAACCAUUAUUUGAUCUGAUUAAAAAUCCCAGCCUAGGAUUUGAAUAUGGAAUAUUUAGCCUACUCUUUGUGGCAGACACAGCUAUUUCUGUCUUGAUGUGGGCUUAAGAUGGAAAUUCGUUGUUCACUUGACAGCUACAGGUCUAAUUUAGAACAAUUAACAGCUCAUUACUAUUCAGAGUUGCAAAUUGCAGUUGACAUGAGAGCCAGCAUACCAUAAGAUCAAGUUUGAAUACCCCCAGCUCUACCAGAGCAACUGAUGAGUCUGUUUUAUAGAUUUUAACCGGCGUUUGAUAGGAAUGGGUGACGGAGUGGACGCAAAUCCAUACAACGAUCUUAUGGAAACCAUGGUAAUGCUGAAGAUCUCCGCCUUCCUCGUUGCCUACGCCUUGGUCGUGUGUCAGAUGUACAGUUCACAAGCAGCGCCCGUCAGACCCGGCAUGGAGGCCAUGACGGACCGCGUCGCGCUCACAGACUACGAGGCGCGGAGGCUACUCAACGCCAUCGUCAAGGAGUUCGUCCAGGUGACGGCCGAGGAGCUGGCGCAGCAGGCGGGCGACGGAAACAGCAGCGUGACGGCGCAGAAGAGGGCCUGUAACACAGCCACCUGCGUGACCCACCGCCUGGCGGACUUCCUCAGCCGGUCGGGGGGCAUGGGCAGCAGCAGCUUCGUGCCCACCAACGUGGGCUCCAAGGCCUUCGGCCGGCGGAAGCGGGAGAGCCAGAUGUGAGCGCCCCCUGCUGACCGGCAGGAGCGAGGAGACUGAUCCUUCUCAACACAACAGCCUCACCUUUAUUUUGGGGAAAAGGAACCCUGUGUCCCAUCUACAAACCUCCUUCUCCAUAGAAGAAUGGCCUUCACACCACAAGACCGAAUUAUUGCAUCUUCCUAGUGUUAUGAAUUUUAUUUAUUUAUAAUUUUGCUUAAGUGAACAAGACAAAAAAAUACCUUUUAUUCUGUAUAUUAUUAACAGAUAAUCACAUCAGUUCUUAAAAAAAAAAAAAACAUUCAUUUUUACAGAGGCAAAAUCUAUUUGAAAUGCGAAAAAGAAAGAAUCCUGCGCUGGUUAUGUCCUGUCUCCUGUUUUUUGGCAUAGAGCACAUCUGUACCAUGUGACCCACGCUCCGUACGCAUCUGAAGCAGCGCACGCGGUAACUCGGGGACGACAUUAAACUCCUGCCUGCAGAGGCAUUGCUGUUAAUGACUGUGUCUCGUGCCUUGAUGUAAAAUCACUUUACAUGACAUGAUUGUAUAGUAUGUUUAAGGCUUAAAGAAGCUGAACGACUCCUGAACAUAACGUUGUAACAAUUGUGAAUUUCAGCAAGAUUAAAAAUGUAUUUUAG